AACUUGGAAAGCAAAAGUGAUGAAAAAGAAAAUUAAAGCAAGUCACAUAUACAAAGCACAACUGGAUAGGCCUCACAGCAAACACCCUGACGCCGCAAGAGGGGCUGAUGACCACCACGACGAUGAUCAGACCCCAAGAACCAGAACCCAUCUCCAUUUCUGCUCAUCAUCGUCCCACCUGGAAACUGUACGAGAAUCCCUUUUAUACCAAUCCCCACAACCUCAACAACAACAACAAUAAUCAUAGUGCCCCUGUCAUCAAACGCCACGAAAACAACCAAGUUCUUCACCGCCUGCAUCUCCCCGUCUCCGCGCGCAAAAUCGCCGCAUCUUUCUGGGAUUUAACGUUCGUGAAGUCUUCCUACAUGGUAUCGGAGCUGGAGGCGGCGCGUGCCCAGAUCCUGGAGCUGAAGGCCGAGCUGGAAUUCGAGCGCAAGAGCCGCAAGAAAGUGGAGUCCAUGAACAAGAAGCUGGCCCGGGAGCUCUCCGAGGAGAGGAAACACAAGGACGCAAUGCGGAAAAUGUUCGACCGCCUCGCCGCCGAGGCCUCGUCGGAAAAAGCCCAGAUCAAGCGGGUGAAGAAGGAGAUGGAGGAAGAGCGGAAGAUGCUUCGCGUGGCGGAGGUUUUAAGGGAAGAAAGAGUUCAAAUGAAGCUCUCCGAGGCCAAGUUUUUGUUCGAGGAAAAAAUGAUGGAACUGGAGAAAUCAACCGAGAAUCUCCACCUCGAAAAACCAAAAUCUCCAGACAACGUUAUUCCGACAACCACUGUUUCUUGUUCUUCUAACCAAAGCAGAGCAGUGGCGACCAAUAAUCCAAGAAAAGCUUCUCCGGAGGCAGAAAACCCACACAUCAAAAGAGGGAUCAAAGGAUUCGUGGAGUUUCCGAAAGUGGUUAAAGCAAUCGGAUCAAAAAGCAGGCAGUUGAGCACAAAGUUGGAGUGUCAGAAAGCACAGUUAAGGUUGCUUCUCAAACAGAAGAAUCCUGUUCGAUCCAACAUUGGCCUUCUCACAAGCUAAUUAAUUAUAAGUUUGCAGGUUUUAGUUUUUGCACUUUUUGAUCGGUUGAUGUUUUGCUGUUUGAAUGAAGUUUUACAGUGUUUUCUUAGGGAAUCAUCAUACAGUGUUUGCCUUAGUAUACAUAUUUUUUUGUGAUUGUAAUUGAUGUAAAAUAGGCAUGUUAUAUGAGGUUUGUUACUGGGAACCUUUCAGUUUCUUAUGAAUUUAAUGUUGGUUUAUGUAUUAAAA